UUUUCACCGGUGGUUAAUGAGAUUGAAAACCGCGUGUCGUUAAAUACGGCGAACACUUCAAAAGCUAGUUUAAACCGAACAAAACAAAGUUUAGAGAAGGUGAAAUCGGAGCUGCCAUUUCCCAUUUCCCGCGAACCUUUGUUAAUCAUUCAAAGAAAGCGGUACUCGGACAUGUUCAUACCGCUAAAACUUAUCUUCAUCCUUGAUUCAAACUGAAAUAUUGGGGAUUAAAAGUCUGGGAAAUAGCAAACUUAAGAACUUCAGGUUUAGUUUGGCGAGGACGUAGACAACCUGUUCGACGAAAUGCCCACGUAUGUGAUUACUCGUUGAACAUAAGGAGCGGCAUGAGAAGGCAGAGAGAAUUUGAGUUGAUCGUUUAUUUGGCGACAACAGUUGCAUCCGAUUACAAAGUGGGUCAUGCUCUAACUCUCUACUUCUUUCUUGUUUAUGGUUGUUUUGUUAGUUUGAAGGAUAACAAAAUGGGACCUAGAUGGAAAGGAAAGGGCUCAGAAGCCAAAGCUCUUGUAGAUCCCAUGUCAAAGAUAGUGUCAGAGCUUUGUUCUUCUCUCAUCCAAAUAGCUGCUCAUGGGUUACUCUCAGGAUGCAGCGUGCUUCUCGCAGUGGAAGCAGAGCAGACUGAACUUCUUACUCGAGCAUGUUUUGGCCGACCCAUUAUUGUAGCUGAGAAGGAAAAGCAGUGGUUUCAAUUGGGUUUAGAGGAAGCGUUUUAUUUGUGUCAUUCUUUAAAAUGCCUCAAGAUUGUUGGUGAAGAUAAUUGUCAAAAAGAUAUUGUCGAGUUAUGGCAGUACAUGAAAUCGAAAAAGGCAACAUUCCCUGACUUUUACAAGGCAUAUUCUCAUCUUCGAAUGAAAAAUUGGGUUGUGAGGCCGGGAUCACAAUAUGGUGUAGACUUUGUUGCAUACCGUCACCAUCCAUCUUUGGUUCAUUCUGAAUACGCCGUACUUAUAUUGUCAGAAGAAGAUGGUGAUGCGAAUGGGAGAUUGAGAGUGUGGUCUGAUUUUCAUUGCACAGUUCGACUUUGUGGAAGUGUUGCAAAAAAAUUGUUAGUUCUUAACGUCAAUAAAAACGGUCAUGGUGCUAUCUCCCCUUCGUGUUUAGAGAGAUACUCAGUUGAAGAGCACACAGUUACAAGAUGGAGUCCAGAACAAAGUCGUGAGAAUCAGAUGAUCACUGAAAAUGGAGCCAAGUAAGAUGUAGUCUAAAAUAUUUAUGUUUUACUUCGCAUACAUUUGUAAGCUAUUGUAAUUUUAUUGUCUGAUGAUAUUUUUAUAUCUAUUAGCUGUCUUAUGUUUUUUCUGUCAAAUUAAUCAUUGGACAGUUGGUCGUUAUAUGAAAUGGCAAAACAUAUUUUUUUGUUGUCAUA